AUGAAAAUACAGAGAGGAGAAAUAAAUGAAAGUAUCAUAUAUAUGUAUAUAUAUGCGUCAACAUAACCAGACGUGAUUUAACACCCAUUCAAUAGAUUUUCUGUUUUUUUUAUCUGCUAAUAGUCCCUUCAUCAGAUCUUUAACAUCCCCUGAUAAAUAAUCAGGAAAUUAUAAAUUAAAGCCUUCUUGGACUUAAAAAGGAGUUCUUCCUGUGGUUAAUUCAAAGGUCAGAACUCCGAGUGACCAUAAAUCAAUUGAAUUAUCAUAUUGUUAUCCAUAAACCAUUUCAGGUGGAAGGUAAUCGAUGNACGUAAUUUAUUUUUAAAAGAAAUUAGUUUAGACCCUUAUCGAAAAAGAUUAGUAAACUACAGAUAAGAAGAGUGUAUUAGUUUUUGAUGAUGCUGUUUAUUUAAAACGAUAUUCUAAGUAUUAUUUUGGAAUAUGAUUUUAGUUAUAGAUAAUAGGAUGAAGACGUUAUUAAUAACUUGGUUUACUCGAAGAAUAAUGAUAAGUGCCAAUAGUUUUUAUUAAGCUUGUAAUAAUGUUAAGCAAGAAAAGUGUAACAUUUUCUUAGAAGAUCAAUUAUUUUACUAAAAUUAACAUUUCCUUUACAAAUCUUAAUUUUCUCUAAAAUCUAUCUAGCUUCAAUUUUAUUUCUUUUAUUAUUAUAUUAGGAGUGAUGGGACUAUUCUACAAACUAUACAAUAACUAUAAAAUUCACCAAUUCCACCACUUCUACAUUUAAAGUUCGAACUAAUUCUUUUAUUUGUUAAUUUGAUAAAGAUAUUAUGGAUAGAAUAAUAAUAGGAUUAAAUUAAUUAUUAUCGAAUUAGUCAAUAGUUUUAUACUUAAAGGAGAAUAAGAAUGGAAGGGGUUUUAAAUGUAAAAUUUAAAUAUCAUGCUUUUAAUGAGUUUGUUAUAUUUCGAGGAUUGAAUACAAAUUGUAUUUCUAGAAAUAUAUAUUAGCAAGAUGCUAUUGGGGAUGGGAUUAUAAUUUCGACUCCUACAGGAUCUACUGCUGA